AUGGUGAACGUUGUAUGUGAAAGAGAGAAAAAGUUCAGCCAUGAAAAGCUUCACGCAGUGCUGCACAAGAGUGUGCCUCUUGAGAAUUAUGAUCAUCAUCUGAAUCUGAAUCUGGAUGGUGUUUUUGGUGUUGUGUUGUCAGUUAUUAUACACGAAGAGCAGCAAAAACAUAUUCCAGCAACUUUGAGCAAAAUCUUCAAAGACAUCGAAACUCAAUAUCAAAAUGAAAUUACCAUCAGUGAUCGCUAUAUUGCUUUCAACUACAACACCGACGAAUUUCAACAGCAACUUUGCUCUGUGGCUUCAGAUGGAGUUUCGAUGAUCUUGAACUUGCUUUGGGGGAAAUUUGAUGAGAUACCAAAAUUCAUAAAGCCACAAGGUGUUCCAUACAUCGAGGCCGACAUCUCAAUUUAUCCCUUCUUCCGCAUUGUCGAGGAGUAUUUGAAGAAACAAUUUGCCACUGAUUGUGUUCUCAUUGUGACAUCGGAAGAGGAAGUUGAACAAAUGCUUUUCGGCCUUAUUGGCUCUUCUAGACUUCGAAUGAUAGUGUUGAAUAGUGAUGGUGGAAAUUCACUGGAAAAAUUACAAAAAUUGCGACCAAAUCCUUCUUACUAUGCAGUGAUAGCGACAACGGAGAAGAUGAACGACAUACUGAAAGUGACUCAGAACCUUAAAUUAGUAGCAAAACCGAAUAAAUGGAAUCUAGUAUUUCGAGACUCACAACAGAAUUCAUUUAAACACCAAGAAGCUUUUAAAGAUUCACCACAAUUGGUUGUUGAUAAGAGUUUCUGCUGUUUACUUCUGAAGCAACCAAGAUCAUGUUCUUGUCCUGCAGAUUUUGAUCAUGUGCAGUAUUUUUUAAAAGAAAUCUUGGAAAUCACUGUGACUCUGUUGAAAAAUGACCAAAAUCUUCCAAAAUUGCUUACAUGUUCUGACUUGACUACAACUACAGAUGACAAUUACGUAUCCUCAUCUCUUCAUGAUCAGCUUUCUGCAGCCACCGAAGCAAAUCCAAUAAUAAGAAUUGUUCCGGGAAGUGAUGAGAUAAAGCUGAGGAUAAAUGCUACAAUUCAUGCCACGGAAACCCCGUAUGUUGGAGAUGAAAUGGUGACUUUAGGCAAGUACAUUGAUGAGGAGAUAUCUAGUGUCAAUGGAUUAUCUCUGGAAAGACCUACCAAACGCUUCUUGAGAAUCGGGAUCACUGAAGCCUUGCCAUGGACUUUCAAAUUAGAUGACAACUGGACCGGAUACUGUGUGGAUCUUAUUGAUUUCAUAGCGGAGCGCAUGAACUUUGACUAUGAAAUCGUGAUUCCUGAGAAAGGUUCAUUUGGAAAAAAUCUGGGCAAUGGAAAAUGGGAUGGACUUGUUGGUGAUCUGGUGACUGGCGAAAUAGACAUUGCAGUGGCAGCGAUGAAAAUGACAGCAGAACGCGAAGAGGUGAUUGACUUUGUUGCUCCGUACUUUGAGCAGACAGGAAUUUCAAUCGUGCUGAGAAAGCCAGUGCGUCAGACUUCGCUGUUCAAGUUCAUGACGGUGUUACGGCUAGAAGUGUGGCUCAGUAUCGUGGCUGCUCUUGUAGCUACGGCUGUUCUGAUUUGGUUCCUGGACAAGUAUUCUCCGUACAGUGCGAGGAACAACAAGCCUGCAUAUCCGUAUCCUUGUCGGGACUUCACGCUCAAAGAGAGCUUCUGGUUCGCGUUGACUUCAUUCACACCUCAAGGAGGCGGUGAAGCUCCAAAAGCCUUAUCUGGAAGAACUCUAGUGGCUGCUUAUUGGCUCUUUGUCGUUCUUAUGCUUGCCACAUUCACAGCAAAUCUCGCGGCUUUUCUAACAGUUGAGCGCAUGCAGACUCCUGUUCAAUCUCUAGAGCAGCUCGCCAGGCAGAGUCGCAUCAAUUACACAGUAGUCCAAGGAUCAGACACUCACAGCUACUUUAUCAACAUGAAGUUCGCCGAGGACACACUGUACAGAGUGUGGAAGGAGAUCACACUGAACAGUACUAGUGACCAGAGUCAGUAUCGCGUGUGGGACUAUCCAAUCAAGGAACAGUAUGGCAACAUUCUCCUGGCCAUCAAUUCCACAGGACCGGUUGUGGAUGCCAAAGAAGGUUUUCGCGAGGUGAAUGAACACAUCAAUGCAGACUUUGCCUUUAUACACGACUCGGCUGAAAUCAAGUACGAGAUCACUAGAAGCUGCAAUCUCACGGAAGUUGGUGAGGAGUUUGGCAAGCAACCAUAUUCGAUUGCUGUUCAGCAAGGAAGCAACCUACAAGAUGAACUCAGUAAGACUCUUCUCGAGCUACAGAAAGAUCGCGUUUUUGAGAAUCUGAAGGCAAAGUACUGGAACAGUUCAGCGAAGGGUCAGUGUUCGGAUGAUGAUGAGAACGAGGGUAUUUCUUUGGAGAGUUUGGGAGGAGUCUUCAUAGCUACUCUCGUGGGCCUGGCAAUAGCUCUUAUCACACUUGCUGGAGAGGUUUUCUACUAUAAACGGAAGAAACGAGCUGCGGUGCUUCAAGUGCAACCCUUUGGAACGCCCAAAAAAGAGGGGGAAUUGAAGAAGAAACUGCAAAGCUACACAAUUGGGGAGACUUUCGUGCCGACGAAAGACAAGAAUAAGUCGGUGUCCUACAUUUCUGUGUACCCUAGAAAGUCUAUUCAUGAUUAUGGGGAGUAUAUUGAGUAGAAUUGCUCUUAACACAUUUCAUUUCAGAGCCUGUAGCACUUGUAGCAAUGAUUGAAAUUG